AUUUUCCUGUUCCUUCUUCUUCCAUUCCUAAUGAAUCUCAUAAACUACUCCUUGAUCUUCUUCUUCACCUUAGCUAGUCACUCCUCAUCAAUGGAAGAUCAAAAGUUCCAAGCUUGUGCACCCACAACCUGUGGCCAAGGCCCUAAAAUAACAUACCCUUUUUACCUAAGUCAAGUUCAAAAACCAUUUUGUGGGUAUCCGAAUUUUGAUAUUAUUUGUAAUGAUGAUGAUUACCCAGUUCUUAAAAUCUCUAAUGAUGAUUAUAUCAUUAAAGAUAUUUAUUACAACAAUCAGUCUUUUCUUGUGGCUAGUGCUAGUGUCUAUGAGGAAGAAGGGGAGGACUCAUGUCCAAUGCCUUUACAUAAUGUGACUCUUUAUAGAACUCCUUUUAAUAUCAGUCCUGAUUAUAUUGAUUUUUCUUUCUUGUAUAAUUGUACUUUGAAGCCAACAAAGUUCCUUUCCUACCCGAUAACUGGUGCUACUAAUGCUUCUUUUUAUUCUUUUGCCGGUUUUCAUAUUCAAGAAUUAGAGUUGUACUAUAACUAUUCUUUAGAGUCAUGUCGUUACUUAGUUAACUCUCCUUUACAUGCUACUGGUGAUUUUGAUAAUAGUAUAUUCCAAAAGAACUAUACUGAGAUUUUGAAGAUGGGGUUCAUGUUGAAUUGGACUGCACAUAAUUGCAGUAGUUGUGAAAUAAGUGGUGGUCGCUGUGGAUUUGAGAAUAAUGAAUUUGUUUGUUUUUGCCGUGACCGGCCUUAUCAAAAUUCAUGUUAUGGUGGUAACUUCAAUUUCUCAGCUUAUAACGUUCAUUACUGGUUUUACAUUAGCCAUAUCUAGCUCAGCUUGUAAUUU